GGUCCUCCCUAGAUUCUCACCUCUGGCUGGAGUUUCUUGUCCCUUUUUUUCUUUAUUUCAUUUCCCUCCCUGUAAUCUCUGUUUCCGAUGCCGAUUCCGGCUAUUGUUUCUCUCUCUCUAUACCUGCUCUCGUUCUGAUCUUGGUCAUAUUCCAUCUUCGCCACGCGGAUUAACGUAACAUUGAAGGCUGGCUUCUAAGAAUACUGAAGGGAGGAUAUUGUGAGCAAAAGUCUUCUGAAGUCUGAUUUCUGGGAGACCAGCUGCUGCAAGCUAAGGCUCUAACUGAAAAGUGACGGUAUUUCUAUCUGAAAACUCUAAACCCAAAGCCCUAAACAUGGCAGUAAAACCCACUGUUGCCUUGCGAGCUGUACUUGUUGGAGGAAUUGCAGCGUUUGCUAAAAUCGCUGGUGCAAUGAAAGCUGCAGGUGGCGUAAAGUUAGGUGCAGCCACGGCUGCCAUGACAGCAGCAGCAACUGCAGCUUUGGCAGGAUCAAAACAAGACCAGAAGGAUGAUUCCAAACACCCUCCAAAAUGAUGCCCCUCCUGUUCUGCACCUCACACAAACAAAUCCCAAUAAUGUUUUGGGACUUUUUUCCCCCCUCUUUGUAAUUUUGGUAGGGAGACAUAAUGUAUAAACCCCAACCUUUAGGCUUCAGCCAUAGCCAUGGUGCUAAAAUAAUAAGAGCUGGCCAGAUCUCUUUAGUUCACAGGAUGGAUUUUACAUCUCGAUGUCAUACCGUUCCAUCAUUAUUAUACUUGGAACAUUUUUUUUAUCAUCGUUUCUGCAUUUCAUGGAUAGUUUCAAUAAUGUCGUCUGUAAAGAGACUCUGUGGUCCAUAGGAAGGACGUAUACAAGGUUGAGACAUGUGAUUCAUUUCCCUUUAUCAGAAGGGAAACUGCUGUUUUGUGUU